AUGGCCGAAUCAACCAUGCAACUCGAAGAUUGGCUGGAUGACCUUUGCGUCCGCUUCAUCAUAAACCUCCCCAAAGAAGAUCUAUCGUCUGUCGCACGCAUCUGCUUCCAGGUGGAGGAGGCACAAUGGUUCUACGAAGAUUUCAUCCGUCCGCUGGACCCCACGUUGCCGUCCAUGUCCCUUCGCAGCUUCUGCCUCCGCAUCUUCCAGCACUGCCCGCUGCUUGCAUCCUUCUCCGUCGAAAACCACAUGCGCGCAUUCGAUCAGUUCCUCCAGUACAAAACCCGAGUCCCCGUCAGGGGUGCCAUUCUCCUCAACGAGGCCAUGGACUCGACCGUUCUCGUCAAGGGCUGGAAGAAGGGCGCCAACUGGAGCUUCCCGCGCGGCAAGAUCAACAAGGACGAGGACGAUCUGGACUGCGCCGUCCGGGAAGUGUACGAAGAGACGGGCUUUGACAUCAAAGAGGCCGGCCUGGUGCCCAAAGACGACGAGGUCAAAUACAUCCAGAUCUCCAUGAGGGAGCAGCAGAUCCGGCUCUACGUCUUCCGCGACAUCCCCAUGGACACGCCUUUCCACCCGAGGACGCGGAAGGAGAUCAGCAAGAUCCAGUGGUACAAGCUCUCCGAGUUGCCAGCCUUCCGGAAAAAGGGCAGCAACCACCCUAAUGACCUGGCAGCGGUAACGAAUGCCAACAAAUUCUACAUGGUAGCCCCAUUCCUUGUGCCCUUGAAGAAGUGGGUUGUUCAACAGCGGAAGAAGGACGAGGCCCGCGCGGCCAGUCAUUCCCACCUGCCUGUCCAUAUCCCCAUUGAGGAGCCUCUCACCGAGGACGAUAUUGGAAGUCACACGGAACCCCUGGCUGGGCCUUCCAACUGUACGCCGGCAAUCGAAACCCUCGCCGGAGCCACACUUGAACUCCAACGUCUCCUCAAGGUGCAGCCGCCAAUCCAAGGCCUACAAAUGAGCCCCUCUACUGCAGUCAAUCCCGACAAGGGUGAGGCCUUGAUGGCAAUUCUACAAAAGAAGGGCGAGCUUCCGUCCCAGCAAGCUCAGACGAGCCAGCAAAGCCAGCCGAACCAAAGCCAGCCGAACCAAAGCCAGCUUCCCCACACGCCAUUUGACCUCACCUACUCUAACGCACCCGAGCCCCAUACCCCACACCAUCACCAUCCCACGCAGAGGAUGCGCGUCGACGACUACCAGGCCCCUCCAACUUUCUCCGUUCGGCCUACCUCGAACCAGAAUCUGCCGGGCGGCUAUUUCAAUCAGAUGCGUGCCCCUAUUCAAGCUCCCCUCCAGCAUCAGUUCUCCGGCCGAAACCAAUCCGUAAAUCCGAAUCAUAUGCCGCGUAAGGAGCCUGUACUGUUGCACCCACAGCCGCUGCCUCCUCAGGUUCAGCAAUCUCUCCUCACGCGGGCUAUCCUGCCCACUCCGAACAUUCCGGAUUCGACUGCUCACGGCACCAUGCAAGCCCGCCAUAUUCCUCAAAAUGUGUUUGCAGCUAGCGAUCCGGAACCCUUACAAGCCCAGCAGCAGCCGUCGAAUAUCCCCCCUCAGCUGACCAAUCACAAGAUAUCAUUGUUGAAUGCCUUCAAAACCGAAGACCGGGAAUCGGGUGAAAACAAGGCAUCUGUUGUCGGCUCCAGGGAUGGCGCCGGGCCGCAGUUGAACAGUCAAACGCAGCAUCCAUCUGCCCAUUGGGCGAACUUGCCUGUUUCGCAACAAGCCAAUGCCGCAGCGCAAUACCUGCCGCACAACAUGGCUCAAGCCGGGAAGCCUCGGUUUGAUAACAAUGCGCCCCAGACCAUGGCAGCACCGGCCGGUCCAUCAGCCUCUGUUCCCCAUCCUAUUCAGUCUACAGACUCUCACCGCUCGAUUUUGCUAGACAUGUUCAAGAAGCCGGCGCCGAUGUCGUCGCCAAGCGGCGAGUCGAUCACUAACAAGAGCAAAGGAAAGGAGCCGGUAGUCUUUAAAGGAAUGGAAGGACCCGGUGGUCCCAUGUCCAAACCCUUCUCAGCCGCAGAGGCUUUGGCGUUUGCGUCAGAUGCCAGAGGUGCACCAUUGCGGAUGAACCCAGAAGUUAACCUGCCGUAUCGGGCGGUCCAAAUUCUGAGUCGACCGAAGCAAUCCGAGACCGACAAGAGGCAAAGUUCCGUUGUGAAGCAGGUUCCCAGUCAACCUGUUCCCGGCGGCACUACACGCUAUGAGACUAUGAUCACUGGUCAGUCUAACUUGCCAUCUCCGAGGAGCCGUGGGGUUGUGUAUGUAUCAGAGAGUCAGGACAAGAUGCCACAGACAGCAGGUCUUGUGUAUAAGCAGUCACCGCUGCAAACCCAUUCUGCAACACAUUCUGCGCCGGCACCCCAGUCACACCAACCAUCUGGGACCGUCUCACGGCAAUCAAACGCCAUCCCGGAACAAAAGCACAAGCUCCUGUCACUUUUCGGGAAGGGACAGCCUUCGCCGACUGGGUUCGCGGGUGGCGAACAAGCCAAGAUGAAGGAACCAGCCAUGUUUGAGCAGGUCCGGUCUGGCACCCCCCGGUCCCGCGUUGCAUCGUUGGCCUCAGCAUCUGGGGAUCACGGCCAAGGCAGCGCCCCAGUCUCGCGGCGGAGUAGCCAGACACCAAUCUCUCCUGCGGACCGCAACUUCCUUCUUUCUUACCUAGAGUCUGUCUCGAGCGUGGGGAGAUAG